GUUGCACCGCCCCUUUAGGUCUGUAUUAAAACACAACGGUGUGUUUUCGCCUGGUGCAAUUCCACGAGACGACCAGCGUACAGUUCUCAGGGAAGGUGUAGUCUGUAGAGAUGGAGUGGCGCUCAGUAGCAGUGUUGGCGCUGUGUGUGGUGUGUGUGAUUGGAUUCCCUGCAGAACUGACAGAGGAAGGGAAGAACUGGGCCGUGAUCGUGGCCGGAUCCAAUGGAUGGUACAACUACCGGCACCAGGCUGAUGCUUGUCACGCAUAUCAAAUUCUUCAUAAGAAUGGAAUCCCUGAUGAGCAGAUUGUGGUGAUGAUGUAUGAUGACCUCGCUCAAAAUGAGGAGAACCCUACUCCAGGAAUUGUCAUCAACAGGCCGAACGGGACAGAUGUUUAUAAGGGGGUGGUAAAGGACUACACUGGUGAUGGCGUGACCCCCCAGAACUUCCUGGCUGUGCUGAAGGGCGAUGCGGCCAGUGUGAAAGGAGGAUCUGGAAAAGUGCUGAAAAGCGGCCCGAACGAUCAUGUGUUCGUGUACUUCACUGAUCACGGCGCUCCUGGACUCCUGGCCUUCCCUGAUGAUGAUCUUAUGGUCAACGACCUGAUGGACGCCAUUCAGUACAUGCACAAGAACCAGAAGUACAAGAAGAUGGUGUUCUACAUUGAGGCGUGUGAGUCUGGCUCUAUGAUGAAGCCCCUGCCUGUGGACAUUGAUGUUUAUGCCACGACUGCUGCAAACCCUCACGAGUCCUCUUACGCCUGUUACUAUGAUGAGAAGAGAGACACCUAUCUGGGAGACUGGUACAGUGUUAACUGGAUGGAGGAUUCUGAUGUGGAGGAUCUGACUAAAGAGACGCUGGCUAAGCAGUUCAAAAUCGUUAAAAAUCACACCAGCACCAGCCACGUCAUGCAGUAUGGAAACAAGACUCUGGCUCAUAUGAAGGUGAUCGAGUUCCAGGGUAACGCUCUGGGCGGAGCUCCAGUUGCUGCACCCAUGUCAUUGCCCCCGAUUAAGGAGCACAGUCUUACACCCAGCCCAGAUGUCUAUCUGUCCGUCCUGAAGAGGAAGCUCAUGAAAACCAACGACAUCAACCUCGCCAGGGGAUAUGCAAUGGAGAUCAACGCCCACCUGAAGGUGCGUAAGCUGCUGGCAGACACCAUGCGUCAGCUGGUUGGGAGAGUGGUGGAGGAUGAGCAGGAGCUCCAGAACAUUUUGGACGAGCGCCAGGAGGUCACCCAACAUGAGUGUUACAGAGACGCCCUCACACACUUCAAAACACACUGCUUUAACUGGCACAACCAGCAGUAUGAGUACGCUCUGAGGCAUCUCUACGUGUUGGUCAAUCUGUGUGAGAGAGGAUACCCAGCGCAGAGGAUUUUGGCAGCUGUGGAUAAUGUGUGCUACUUCCGACAGUAAAGGCUUCCACACACACACACACACACACACACACACACACACACACACACAUUCUCUGAGUGGAGCUGGCCACUGUGACCUCGUCUGGUGGACUCUUACUGGAUGAUUUUGCUUUUUGCACAAAGGAAUCUGAUCUGAGAAUUUAUGUCUACUCACAAUCACACUCUUCACACUAUUUUCACUUUUUGAUUUUUUUUUUAUUGAGCCGUUUGUUUUAAGGAGAAUUGGAGAAUUGCACUAUUUUAAAAUGAUGUUUUUGUUCUUUUACUUUGAAAUGUGACUGUUUUGCUGCUUUGCAAUUUUUAAAUUGACAAAUUAGUGGGUUAAACAUUCAGUGACCUUAAAAACUGACCAGAUACUGACAAAAAAAUGACAUUAGACGCUAAAGUAGCUGUUGGAGAAUUAGGCCUGCUGGGUUAGUCAUACUGACCCACUGCACACUUUUAACCAAUUUCAUUUAAUCUGCUGCCUGAUGCUGAUUUUAGUCACUUUACUGCUCACAAAAAAAAAGAGUUUAGUAGUGACACCUAGUGGCUCCUAGCAACUCUGCCGCUCUGCAUACAGUACAGUCUGUAUGUGUCCGAUUCAGAUGUGUAGAGCUGUUCUACAUUAAUACACUGUUUUACAUGAUGAACUGUGCUGAACAUGUAACUGAGGUGAAACACCACACAUGUGAAUCAGUUGAAUUCAGAAUGCAGAAUUUUUAUUUCAGGCUUAUUUUAGUGCAUAAGGACGAGAUGUUUUAUCUUCCUAGCUUUUCUAAAUUAAGUGACCUUACGAGGCUCCAGGCUGAGGAGGAAAUGUAGCGGCUGUGGGGUUUUAUUGUUUUACUUGUUUUAAAUCUCUUAUUGGAUCGCGGCUUUGUUUCUGUGGAUGUGUGGAGCUCCGUUUUGGUCACUUUUGGGUCAAACUUUGUUCAUGACAAAUGUAAACUGACACUGCAGAAGCCAGAAAUUUGCCUUUAUUAAUAGUAAGUGUUCUACUGAAUCAGCAGGGUAAUGUGAUGGAAACAGUCUAAACCUUCAGCUGAUGUAUGCAUGUUAGAGCUGUAGUUUAUAACUGCAGUGUAUUACACUUAAACUGCUGUGUGUUAAAAAGAACUUCAUAAGUGAUAUUAGUCAUUAUUCAGUAUAUGCUACACACUAUGUCUCGGGCCUGUUCAGAGUGAGUGCAGUGAGUGAGUAACAGGAACAACAGGCCCUAAACCAAAGCAGACUGGUGAUGUUCUACUGUCUGUUUAGCUGUGAGACUGAUUAAAGAGUUAUGUCUGAAAAUAA